AUGUCGAAACUGCCCGAAUCCGAUGCCGAAAAGUCGGAUACUCAGUUGAAAAAGACACUUUCUGUCGACUCCAUUGCCCCCACGUUGACGCUGUUUUUCAGAAAACGCAAGCGGUCUGAGUCCACUUCUGACCUGGAUAGGGCCCACUCUUCAGACCUGAGCGACGAGUCUGAUCUGGACGUCAAUGCCCACCAAAAACGCAGAAAAGUGGAAAAGACAAAGGAGCAGGAGGAAUUCGAACAGAGAGAGAAGGAAUACGACGAGGCGCUUCCUAAAGAGCUUCGAAAAUACCGCCCCGUGGGCCACAAGUUCAACCUUCCUCCUACCGAUAGACCUGUCAGGGUUUAUGCUGAUGGUGUGUUUGACUUGUUCCACUUGGGCCAUAUGCGCCAGUUAGAACAGGCCAAGAAGAGUUUUGAAAACGUGGAGUUGGUUUGUGGUAUCCCUUCGGAUAAGGAAACGCAUAAGAGAAAGGGGCUCACGGUACUUACCGACCAGCAAAGAAUAGAUACCCUUAAGCAUUGUCGCUGGGUGGACGAGGUGAUCCCCAAUGCCCCUUGGUGUGUAACUGCCGAUUUCUUAUUGGAGCAUAAGAUAGAUUAUGUGGCUCACGACGACUUGCCGUAUGCUUCUGCAGACUCUGACGAUAUCUAUAAACCCAUCAAAGAACGUGGCAUGUUCUUGGUCACACAGAGAACAGAGGGCGUCUCCACGUCCGAUAUCAUCACCAAGGUCAUUAGAGAUUACGACAAGUACUUGAUGAGGAACUUUGCCAGGGGAGCCACGCGAAAGGAACUUAACGUGUCGUGGUUGAAGAAGAACGAAUUGGAACUCAAGAAACACGUCAAUGACUUCAGAACUUACUGGAUGCGCAACAAAACGAAUAUUAAUAAUGUUUCCAAGGAUCUUUACUUCGAAGUGAGAGAGUACUUGAGGGGAAAGAAGUCUGACUUGUCGUUCGCCAACUUCGCCAACAACCACCUCGCCCACAGCAACAGCUCUCCAAGUCUUGUGAGUGAUCUGGACGACGCCUCGCGUGGUUCAAGCCCCUUGACUGAGUUUGCAUCGAAGUACAUUGUGAAUAAGAACGACAAACCCGCCCGUUUCUUCAAGGGAUUCAAUUUCAACAACUGGAUGAACAAGGAGGACUCAAAUGAUGAAGACGAAAGACCAAGAAGAAAGAGAACAGCAACUUCAUCCAACAAUAAGUCUGAGUUGACCACCUCGAUGUCGGCGCCUACCAUUGCGCUGCCCAGGAAAAUCAAGAAGCCUAGAUCGAGAAAACAGCAUUAG